AGAUUUUGCAUAAUUUAGUUAAAAAAAUAUUCAUUUUUCAUCAAAUGCUUCUUAACUUUCCAGCAAUUUUAUUGACUUUUAUUUUUAUUUUCCAAUUUUCAAGUUCUCCCGUUUUGGCUGAACAACGUGACAUUUGGGAUGAAAUUAAAGAUAUGGAUCUUUUUUAUAUAAAUCGUGGUUCUUAUGCUUGUCCAUUACCCGUUGUAGGUGAACGAUGUCCAGAAUCUAAUUGGCUCUUCUAUUUUCGUUGUUGUGGGGAGCUUAACACAAAUUGUUGUUUCCGACUGCAGGAUUGGGCCGUUUUCUUAAUUGCACUUUUUGUAGUUUUGAUUAUAAUUAGUGCUUUUGUUAACCUUCUUCGCUGUAUUUUUUGUCACUAA